GAACAAAGGUGUGGAAAAAUGACAAAUGUGAGCCUCAUGACAACAUUCAUCCUCAUGGGCCUUCCCCAUGCACCAGCGCUGGACACCCCCCUCUUUGGAAUCUUCUUGGUGAUUUAUGUACUCACUGUGGUGGGGAACUUCCUCAUGCUGCUGGUGAUCAUGGUGAAUUCCCACCUCCACACCCCCAUGUACUACUUCCUGACCAACCUGUCCUUCAUUGACAUGUGGCUCUCCACAGUCACUGUGCCCAAAAUGCUGAUGACCUUGGUCUCCCCAAGAGGCAGGGCUAUCUCCUUUCACAGCUGUGUGGCCCAGCUCUACUCCUUCCACUUCCUGGGGAGCACCGAGGGUUUCCUCUACACAGUCAUGUCCUAUGACCGCUACCUGGCCAUCAGUUACCUGCUCAGGUACACCAGCAUGAUGAGUGUGAGAACGUGUACCCUCCUGGCCACAAGCACAUGGCUCAGUGGCUCUCUGCACUCUGCUGUCCAGACCACACUGAUGUUCUGUUUGCCCUUCUGUGGGCCUGACCAGAUCCAGCAUUACUUCUGUGAUGCGCCGCCCAUCCUCAAAUUGGCCUGUGCAGACACCUCUGCCGAUGAGAUGGUGAUCUUUGUCAACAUUGGGGUAAUGGCCUUGGGCUGCUUUCUCCCGAUAGUGCUGUCCUAUGUGUCCAUUGUCUGUUCCAUCCUGAAGAUCCACACCUCAGAGGGGAGGUGCAGAGCCUUUCAGACCUGUGCCUCUCACCGCAUUGUGGUCCUUUGUUUCUUCCUUCCGUGUGUCUUCAUUUACCUGAGGCCAGGCUCCAGGGAUGCUGUGGAUGGGGUUGUGGCAGUUUCCUACACUGUGCUGAUGCCCCUUCUAAAUCCCGUGGUGUACACCCUGAGGAACAAGGACGUGAGGAAAGCUCUGGUGAAGCUAAAGGACAAAGUAGCAUAUUCUGAGAGCAAAUAA